GAUUCAGAUAAGGGAAAAACAAAAUAUGGCUCCCUAGAGCAGCGGCAUCGGCAUUAGUUGUGAAAGACAGUGAAAGAUUGUGCAACAAGAAUAAGGAUUUUGAAUGAUAACAUUUUGGUGGACUUAAACGAAUAAGAAGUUAUUGUUCCAUCAUGUUUCGAUCAGCUCAAAGCGUUGUUAAUGUUGGCAGAGUGAGCUCACUGGGACAAAUGUCACGUGUGAAAGGUUAUGGAGCUUUACUCUCAAAGACAGACAUUCCAUUAAAUAUCCCUAGUGCAUUUAUAACAUUGUGCAGCAAUCGUUGCAAAGAAUCGUCCAAUAAAGAAAUUUCCAAAGAUUUGGAAGGAAGGCCACUGUAUUUAGAUGCUCAAGCUACAACACCACUGGAUCCAAGGGUUCUAGACUCAAUGCUUCCUUAUUUGACAUCCUAUUAUGGAAACCCUCAUUCUAGGACCCAUGCUUAUGGAUGGGAGAGUGAAAAGGCAGUCGAGAAGGCUCGAAAGCAAAUUGCUGAUCUCAUCGGAAGUGACCCAAAAGAAAUAAUUUUUACUUCUGGGGCCACAGAAUCUAAUAAUAUUUCUGUGAAGGGUGUUGCAAGAUUUUAUAGUCGCAGCAAAAAACAUGUCAUAACCACGCAAACUGAACAUAAAUGUGUGCUGGACUCAUGUCGAGCCUUAGAAGGUGAAGGGUUUGAAGUUACAUAUCUUCCAGUCACUAAAACUGGUCUUGUUGAUAUGGAGCAACUCGAGGCAGCUAUCAGGCCAGACACUUCUCUAGUGUCUAUAAUGAGCGUGAAUAAUGAAAUUGGAGUCAAACAGCCGAUAGCUGAAAUUGGUAAAUUAUGCAAGUCACGAAAAGUUUUCUUCCAUACUGAUGCAGCCCAAGCCAUAGGGAAAAUACCAAUUAAUGUUCAGGAGAUGAAUAUUGAUUUGAUGUCCAUAAGUGGACAUAAACUUUAUGGACCUAAAGGUGUAGGUGCACUUUACAUUCGACGUCGACCUCGAGUUCGAAUUGAACCUCUGCAGAGUGGUGGUGGGCAGGAAAGAGGAAUUCGAAGUGGUACAGUUCCCACAGCACUUGCUGUUGGCUUAGGAGAGGCCUGUUCUAUUUCAAAGCGAGAGAUGAAGUAUGAUCACCAAUGGAUGGAAAAACUUUCAAAUCAUCUUUUGAAACGGUUAGAAUCCAUGCCAGAAGUAAUUCGUAAUGGAGAUGUGGAACAUACUUACCCAGGCUGUCUAAAUCUAUCCUUUGCCUUUGUUGAAGGAGAGUCCUUAUUGAUGGCUUUAAAAGAUAUUGCACUUUCAAGUGGAAGUGCAUGCACAUCAGCAUCCUUAGAGCCAUCCUAUGUCUUAAGAGCCAUUGGUGCUGAUGAGGAUCUUGCUCAUUCAUCAAUUCGGUUCGGGUUUGGGAGAUUUACAACUAUGGAAGAAGUUGAGUAUACUGCACAAAGAGUCAUGAAACAUGUCGAAAGAUUGAGAGAAAUGAGUCCUCUUUGGGAAAUGCACCAAGAAGGAAUCGACCUUAAGUCAAUCCAAUGGUCUCAACACUAGUCAUAAAAAAAAGAUAUGUUGUUUUUCA